AUGGGAGCUGCUGGCGGUGGCUGGUCCAAUGCGGCCAUCAAAAAGGUCCCAGCUCCAGCUCGCAGGGCAUAUGUAUGGCUUGCUGUUAUCUGGGCUUCGUAUUGUGGUGGUCUUCAUGGGUUCAACACCGCGAAUAUUUCGGGCACUAUGACUCUGAAGCCAUUCAUAAGGGACUUUGGAUGGACCCAUCUUUCCUCCAAACAAAUCUCGAACUAUUCAGGAUGGGUUGUCUCGUCGAUGCUUUUGGGUCAGAUCCUAGGUGUCGUGGUGUCUGGGCCCUUGGGCGAGCGUCGAGGUCGAAAGUCAGUCAUCAUGUCGGCCGCCAUUUUCUACACCAUCGGUGCCAUCUUGAUGGCUGUUAACUUUGGCUCUUUGGCCGAACUGCUCGUUGGAAGAGUCAUGUCAGGAAUUGGCUCUGGGCUUGGAAUGACAGUAGGCCCUAUCUACAUCUCAGAAGUCGCACCGACAGAGAUGCGUGGCAUGAUGACCACUUUUUACAACAUCAACAUCAUGAGCGGUGUCGCGGGAAGCUAUUGGAUCAACUAUGGCUCCUAUGAACAUAUCUCGCCGCAGAAUAGCUGGCAAUGGCGGGCCACACUCGUCCUCCAGUUGAUUCCUGCUGUCGCACUCGUCGUUGGCUUUCCGUUCUUCCCCGAAUCACCUCGCUAUUUGAUGAUGAGAGGAAGAGUGGAGGCGGCCCGACAGAGCCUUUUGAAGAUCCGUGGCCUCGACGAAAACGAUAGUUAUUUCAGCCGCGAGUAUGACGAGCUAAGAGGUCGGGUCGAUGCAACCGCUGAGAGCCAGUCUGCCUGGCAAUCCACCAAAUCUCUAUUAGGUACAUGCAUCACUGAUCCCCCGACCCGCAAGAUGCUCUUGUUUGUCAUGAUCGUCCAAACAUUCUUCAUCAUGAGUGGUGGAAAUUCAAUUACCUACUAUGCGCCGACCAUCUUGAAGUCAAUCGGCCUCAAGUCCAGUCAAGUCCUCUUGUUUUCUGCCGUCUACGGUAUGAUUAAGGUCGCCAGUGUGUUGUUCUACGCUUUUUAUCUCACCGAUCGCUUCGGUCGGCGACCAUUGUUAAUUAUUGGUUCAUCUAUGAACACCCUGUGCCUCCUCUACCUUGCCGUUUAUCUAGGAGUGGCUGAUAUUUCUGGAUCUGCCAGUCCAUCACCCGCAGCAUGGGUUGCAAUCGUCGCCAUUUGCAUUUUUGCAAUUGGCUAUGGAUUCGGAUGGGCACCUGUCUUUUCUCUCACAGCUUCAGAGAUCUGUCCGACUUCAACACGAGGAACAGUGGUGACAAUUGCUUUCAUUUAUCAAAAUUUGCUGAACUUCGCCAUCACUCGUGGUUUCCCCAGCAUGACUGUGGACAUGCACGCCUGGGGCCCCUUUGGCCUGUUCACUGCUUUCACCGGGUGUGCAACAGUGUGGGUCUUUUUUGCUUUCCCAGAAUGCAAGGGGCGCAGCAUGGAGAGCGCAGGCGCUUUGUUCUCUUUGCCUUGGUAUAAGAUUGGCUUUGUAAAGGCUCCAACUGCCGAGUAUGAGGCCGCUGAGAGGCGUGUGGACUUGGAGAAAGCAUCAUCUAGCGAGCAUGAGGAACAUGUCGUUGGAGAAGGUCACAAGCAGGGCUAG